GCUUGGGGCCGUGGACCACCACCUCCGGCUCACGUAUGGCGACGACGAGCACGAAGAUUUUGCAGACGUUUCCCUGGGCAUCCUAGAUGCAGAGGUGGUAAUAUCCCAAUGUUCAACGAGAUUCAAACCAUCAUUCAAACUGUUAUCAGAGAAGGCGGACGAUUUUUACCUAGAGUACCAAGGCUCUUCAUCCGAGAUCCUCUACAGGGUAUCAAUAAAGACCUUGCAAACGCAGCUAGAGAAUUUAUGAUACAUCUUGGUGCAAUUAGCCCAGAAGCGGGCAGUCUCAUCAGAAAUGUUUGUCGAAAUUUCAAAUGCAUGGAACAACAACAGGAUCAAAUAAAUUUGAAGGAGACUGUAGUUAAGAAGGUGAAAUUUCAACAUGUAUCCAAAGGCGAUCUUAUCUUUCAAAAUUCUAAUAAUUUAGCUGUUUGA